CUGCUUGUAAAUAAAGGCUGUAAAUAUAGCAAGUAAUAAUGAGUUUGGGUGCGCGCGCCCCCAAGGGUGGUGCGAAGGGCAAGGAGGGGAAGACGCAGGAGAAGGGGAGGGGCGGGGAGAAGACACAGCCCAAGGAGAAAGUCAAACCACAGGCUACCACAGAACAGCUGCGUAUGGCAAACAUGAUCGACCGACAGAAGGACGACGCGUUUGAUGUACGCAGAAUGGUCCAAGAGCUAAUGGAGAUGACGUGCCGCACUGAAGAGGAGGUGUGCUCGGCGCUCCACGACGCGGACAAUGACAUGCAGGCGGCUUGUAACCUGCUGCUGGAGGAGACUCAACCUAUACAGGGCGAAUGGCAGACCAGUGAGAAGAAGAAGAAGAAACCAGCUCCUCCCGCCAGCAACGGCGAAGUCGAGCCCCCGCGUGACCCACGCUCGCGCUCCGGGCCCAGACCACGCAGAGGCGAAGGCAUGGGCGGCGCAACCAGGGGCCGCGGGCGCGGGCGCGGCGCGGGCGGCGCUCGGGGCCGCGGCCGGGGCCGGCACACCGCCCCUGACCACAGCGGCUAUGAUCAACCACCGCACGAGCAUAGUAUGCAUGGUCCAAGCCACGGCGGCGACUCGUUCCCGGCCACAGAGGACUGGGAUAACGAGGAGUGGUCCGGCUCCCUCACCGACACCAAGGUGUUCACGCCGAGUGUCAGCACACAGGCCGAGGCGGACGCUUCGCUGGCGCAGGUCAACAGCGCGGCGGAGGACUGGGACAACCCUCCCGAGGGCAACAACGGUCUGCCGGCGCACCUCCCCACGUACACUUACCACAACGCCUGCGCGCCGCCGCAGCCUAAUACCACGGCGCAGUUACCUCGCGCGGCGGCCGCGGCCGCAACCCCGGACCCGCCGCUCGAACACACGCUCGCCGCGCCCGCACAGCCGAUGGGCAUGUCGGGCAGCCUGACGGCCGCACAGAGCCAGUACCUGUCGCAGCUCACGCAGCAGUCGCAGCGGCACGACAACAGUGUAUACACGACUAACUACGGCGUGUACGGGUCGGGAGACAUCACGAGCCAGCGCAAGCCGCAGCGGGCGCGGGUGCCGCCGCCUUCUAAGAUCCCGUCGUCAGCAGUGGAGAUGCCGGGCGGCGGCGACGGCGGCAGCUUCCUCGACGUGCAGUUCGGGGCCAUCGAGCCCGACCUCGACCUCACGCCUAAACAGCAAGUGCCAGCGCAGCCAGAGCCGCAGCCAGCUCCAACGCCCACUCACGAGCCUGUCGCAGAGACCAACACAUACAACCCCAACACUAGCAGUAUGCAUACCCUGCUGAAUAGUAAGAAUAGUGCACAGUUGGAGUCGCAGCCGGCACCAACACCUAAUCACGAGCCCGUCGCAGAGACCAACACAUACAACCCCAACACUAGUAGCAUGCUAAGCGAGUCCCUGUCGACGCCGCUAGAGCCGCCGCACAGCAAGCCCCAGCCUCGGCCGCAGCCGCAGACACACAGCACCACGCCAUCAUCGGUAUCCGUAGAGAAACAGCUGACGUCGAGUAUGAAACAGAUGUCUGUGACGUCACCACCGCCCGCCGCGCCGCCCGCCGCGCCCCCGCACACGCAACACAAGACGGUGGGACAACAGAACGUGUAUGCCGCGGUUCACGCGCCGCCCGCCGCCGUCUACCCGCCCAAUGUUUAUGCUACGCAGCAGGUGAACUCGACAGUGGGCACGUCGCUGAGCAACCCGGCGGCCAUGGGCGCCGCCUACCCGUCCAGCGUCACGCUCCCGCAACAGACCAUGAUCAACAGUUAUCAGGUAAUGUAUUUACUAUCCGCUACCCAGCAGGUGACAUCGACGGUGGGCACGUCGCUGAGCAACCCGGCGGCCAUGGGCGCCGCCUACCCGUCCAGCGUCACGCUCCCGCAACAGACCAUGAUCAACAGUUAUCAGCAGCAACAACAACAACAGCAGCAACAACAGCAGCAGCAACAACAGACGACGUCGCCAGCGAAUGUCUACGGAGGAGCAGCUCUAUACACGCACGCGGCGUAUUCCUACCAGCCGCCGCCGCACAAGGACACGCACACCACACAGACACAGUACGACAGUUCAGUGGCGUCGAGCAACAGCCUGACGAGCACCACCACGCAGUCCUCAGCCGCGGCUAAAGUCACCACCACCACGAUAUCGUCAGCCGGCAGCGCAGCCACCAACGCGUACGCGGUCGCCGCCACCGCGUCCCCACUGUACAACAACACCGUGCAGCAGGGCAGCUACAGCUACGACGAGCAGUGCAUGCGGACCAUGCCGCACCACAUGGUAUGUACACUGAUGAAACUGCACCCUACUGCCGCCGCCGCGUCCCCACUGUACAACAACACCGUGCAGCAGGGCAGCUACAGCUACGACGAGCAGUGCAUGCGGACCAUGCCGCACCACAUGGUAUGUACACUGAUGAAACUGCACCCUACUGCCGCCGCCGCGUCCCCACUGUACAACAACACCGUGCAGCAGGGCAGCUACAGCUACGACGAGCAGUGCAUGCGGACCAUGCCGCACCACAUGGUAUGUACACUGAUGAAACUGCACCCUACUGCCGCCGCCGCGUCCCCACUGUACAACAACACCGUGCAGCAGGGCAGCUACAGCUACGACGAGCAGUGCAUGCGGACCAUGCCGCACCACAUGGUAUGUACACUGAUGAAACUGCACCCUACUGCCGCCGCCGCGUCCCCACUGUACAACAACACCGUGCAGCAGGGCAGCUACAGCUACGACGAGCAGUGCAUGCGGACCAUGCCGCACCACAUGGGUGGUUACUACGAAGUGGGUUAUGGAGUGGGCGGAGCUCGCGAGGGCUCGUUCGGUCUGGGCGCCGGCGAGCGCUUCGGCAGGGCCGACGCCGCGUCGCCGCAACAGGUGCCGGCAGCGUUACCCCCAGGCUAUGCGUACUUCUACCAACCCCCUCCUACCACAUACCAAUAUGGAGUAUACCCGUACGGCGGCGGCUCGUCAGUGGGUGGUGUCGGCGGCGUCGGAGCGGUCUCGGGAGCCGGGAAAGUGUCCACGUACACGCAGCAACAACCGCCGUAUGACGCUCAGGACACUUACAAAGCAGCGGGCGCCUACAACGCGCCAGCCAAACAGAGCGCGGCGGGCGGCGCGGCGGCCGCGGACCUGUCGUCCGCCAUGUACGCCAAGGCACACGUCGCUCUCAACAAGGUCAAUAGCUACGAGAAGGCGGGCUUCCACUCGGGCACGCCGCCGCCGUUCGGCGCCUCGCACCAUCUGUACAUACCGCACCACCACCACCACCACCACCCGCAUCAGAUGGAUGCCCGGGUGAACAGUAGUCAGAAUAGGCGGGAGUCGACUGCGGGAGGCGCGGGCGGCGCGGCGGGCGGGCGCGCGGGCGCGGGCAAGACGGCCGCCAAGCCCGCCUACUCGCAGAGCUACUGGCCGCCCAACUAAUGUGGGCUAGAGGAACUCAACAAACUGUCCUAAAGACAAAGACACAUGUAAAUAGAUUUCGUGGCGACACGCCCUCUCAACCGCAGUCAAUUUUCAACAGAAGAUUGGCCAACCCGGCCGGAUAGAGAUGUCGACACAACCAGCCACCACCCUCACUCGGCCGGGUUAUACGCAUCUCUGUAAUCUACAUUAUAUAAACACAUUAUAGAUUUAAACACAAGCGUGUACCUUAUAAUUUGUGUAAAUUAAAAAAGAAACGAUAAAAUCCUUUAUUAUUUUUUAAGGCAGGCAAAUUCCUAGUGCCGGGCAGUCAAAUCGUUUGAUAAUAAAAUCGUCGAGAUUAGAAUAGUGUAAUUGCAAUAUAUUAUUUUAGUUACAACCGUUUCGUUUUGUUUUUAGUAGAAACGUAACGAUUUGGGCGCCCCCGUAUCUCAGUUUUGCAUAUAAGUCCUAAGCAGCCUAGGUUACAAAUUGUUUAAAAUUAGUGGUAUAUCUUUUUAUAUAAUAUGUAUAUGUAUGUUAGUGAGCGGUGCGCUGUGCUCGCCGAGACUCUCUCUGUAUUUAGUUGACAGACUCUUUUGUAAUUACAUAAUUAAUUAUUAAAAUAUUAAAAAAUUGUAAUAGGUCGAUAAACGGUUAAAUGUAACAGUAAACAUUAAAUAGCGAGGUCUUUUUUAUGUGAAUGAUGAACGUUGUGGCAGAUUCAGGUCUGGCGUUUGAAAGUAUGAGGGAAUUACACAUAUUCGAACUUG